AUGAACACUCCUUUGGGAUUUCCUCCCCCUCCUCCUGUCCCGGAGGAGAUUCCUCCGUACAUCGUUGAGCGGCUCCUGGCCACUCUUGCAACCAGUCCAUCUGGCGACCAAAUGGCGGCAGACCUAGCCAUAUGGCGCGCUGGGCCAGCUCCCCAUGUGUCAUCGGGGAUCUGGAAUGCAGCUACCCUCCAGGUCUCCUUGAACGAGUUCGGCCCGGCCAUCACACAGACUGCUCUAUGCCGCUGGGGACGCAUGUGCGACACUUCUUUCGAAAGUCGGUUCCAGCUGGAAUUCACAAUCUCUGGCGCCGGGGUGAAUGAUCUGCUGCGUAGAAGCUGCGAAAUUCGGUUCGGAAACGUUGGGACUGAGCACCGUCUGCCAGCAGGGUCGACCAUCAUGUCCCUCCUCCUUCAUCUUUGCUCCAGGUCCAGACUUUCGAUGUUGAAGGUCCAGAUGAAGGGAUGGCAGUCCGAAGCCUAUCCCACUGCCGAUACCUGCUUGAUGGUCCCCGUCUAUUGCCAUGAUCUUCGAGGCGUCAGACGUGGUCUCUCCAACCCUGCGGCUGUUUCAGAACGACUCGGAUUUUUCGAGCGGUACUUCGUUCUGUACGAUCGGUCCACGAGUGCAGUGACCCAUCUUGCUUGA